UGUUGAGCUGGUUGUUAUGGCUGGACACGGCCUCGGACUAAACUGAGAGAGGUCCCCCCCACUCCCCCACCCCUCCCUCCCCGCAGCAUCCCGUCUCCGCUACGGGACACCCGUCACCCAUGGAGGGCACGGACAUGGAGGUGGACGCGGAGCUCAUGCAAAAGUUUAGCUGCAUGGGCACCACGGACAAGGAUGUCCUAAUUUCGGAGUUCCAGAGGCUGCUGGGCUUUCAGCUCAACCCGGCCGGCUGCGCCUUCUUCCUGGACAUGACCAACUGGAACCUGCAAGCUGCUAUUGGGGCAUAUUAUGAUUUUGAAAGUCCCAACGUCAACACGCCUUCCAUGUCCUUUGUUGAGGACGUGACGAUCGGGGAAGGAGAGUCUGUUCCUCCAGAUACGCCGUUCACAAAGACCUGGAGAAUACAAAACACAGGUGCAGAGUCAUGGCCACCUGGGGUUUGUCUCAAAUACAUCGGGGGGGAUCAGUUUGGUCAUGUAAACACAGUAAUGGUGAAGUCACUGGACCCCCAGGAAAUAUCCGACGUGAGCGUGCAGAUGCGAAGCCCCACAGCUCCAGGCAUGUACCAGGGCCAGUGGAGGAUGUGUACAGCCAACGGAUUAUUCUAUGGAGAUGUAAUCUGGGUGAUUCUUAGCGUGGAGGUCGGUGGGCUCCUCGGCGUGACCCAGCAGCUGUCAUCUUUCGAGACGGAGUUCAACACCCAACCCCAACGCGACGUGCAGGGAGACUUCAACCCCUUCGCCUCGCCACAGAAGAACAAGCACGACGCCACCGACGACAGCUUCAGAGAUCCCGGCGGAGCGUGGGAACGCACGCAGGAGCCAAUCCAGCAGGACGAAAACGGAUUGUCUCUGUCUCAUAAUGCUGUAAAUAGGGCGUCAAAUGGUCUACAAACCAAUCUUUCCGUGGUUACUUAUGGUCAGGGUAUUCACGGACCCUAUCCGUUUGGACAGAGCUAGAAUGACAAAGACGCCCCCCCCCCCCCCCCCCACCACACCACCCCGGACCUCCCUCCACCAUCGUGGAUGAUGAGUCCUCGGAUUCAGAGGGGAGGGGCCUGUUGUUUUCUAUUGACUCGUGACGACCUUCUCCCAAACCCGGAGGCCCUUUCCACAGAAAACACAGACUUCAGUGAGGUGAUCGGAUUACGUCGGCGAAGCGUCCCACCUGACAUCAACACCCCGGAUUCGCAUGUGCGAAUGCUUCAUUUAAGAGUGCUCUAAAACUUUAAGAAUAGAAACACACGACCAUUUUUAUUUCCACUGUAAAAACACGCCUAACGAAAGGGAAAAUCUACCUGAAACAACUGCGUACAAUUAGCUAUUUCCAUGGUCAAUUUUAGUAAUUGGUCUCGUCAGGGUUCCUACGCGGGUCGGGAAAGAAUCACAAUCGUCAUCUCCGGAGUGUUUCCAGUCACUAAAACCACCGAACUCUACCGCGUCCCCUUCACAUGUGACGAUGGUGGAGAGCGACUCCCAUGUUUACAUUUCCUGAGCGUUCACGUGAUCCGACAACUUUAAAACGGGUCGGCGUUUACAGAUUUUCCCGCGGGGAGGGUUAAAUGAUAGCCCACUAUAUCCAGUAAAUGCGGCUUCAAUCGCUUUGAGCGUCCGACUUUUUUUCUCAUUCACGUUUCCAGUUGCAAUAACAAGUCGGAUGUUAAUGUGAACGCAGUUUGCAAAUGUGGGAUUUUAAUGAGUCUGUUAAAGCCGAGAGGUUUAGCAUCACGCGCACCUAUCUGGUAUCAGAUUACAAACAAGGACCAGAUGAAAGAUCCAUUUCACUCGCCUGGAGGCAAACAUCCCAAAACAAUUAUUAAUUGACAUAUCAGACGUUUUUUGACAUGAACAUUAAAACCGAGGACGCAGCGUUUGAAAUCAUGUCGCACCAACAGAAUCCCUAUUUUGAGUCCGAUAUCCGUGCGGUGACAUAAUGAAAACAUGUUUAUUACUAUUAUCAGUUAUCAGGCAUCAGACACAUUGAUUGAAUAACACAUCCAGAGGCGUUCAGAUAUGUUGAUGGUAAAUAUUCUCACACAGAAAAGCCUGUGUAGGAACCCUCCCAAAGAUCCAAACCAGAGAACCAAGGCGCUAUCUGUUCUGUCUGCAGGUUCCUCGAUUCACAGCAUGGGAUGUGAGUGUGUGUGUGUGUGUGUGUGUGUAUGCCUGCGUGUGUGUGUGCGCAUGCGUGUUUUUUAGGGUGGGUUUUCGCUUUGAGUAGAUGCUGAAGCGCAAAGGGAUGCGAGGUGCGUUUGAGCAAGUGAGGUGUGAAGAAGGGUUUUAAAAAGCCAUCUAAAUCUAUUUUGCCUGGUGAGUGAGUGAGUGAGUGAGUGAGUGAGUCGACGUCCACAGUGAGUGUACUAGAUGUUCGUGUGUACGUGCCUGUUGAGUGUGCAUGUAUGUCAUGGUUUCUUUUUGGAUUUAACUGACAUAGAAAUGGUGUAUACUUCUUGGGCAAAGGGCCGUGCGGCUCCACUGAGCUGACUUUCUUAACUGCCCGGUUACUUUUAUUUAUUUGUGGUCUUCCUGCAAAAAAACAAGGUCCCUUUUACAGCCAGCAGGUGGUGCUAAGAAAAACAAAAAAAAGUGACAAGUCGAAGACUAUUUGAAUAUGAAAAUGAAUUGUUUGCAUCAGUUUUUUUGAGCACUGGUGUUCUGUUACUGCUAUUUGCACAACACGGUCCGCCUCGCCUGAGGAGGAUGAGUGGUUUAUUUUUAUUUUAUUUUUUAGUUGAGGAUUGUGGCACCAGCAUUUUACUGAAAGUUUUGCUCUUCUGCUCUCAAGGCGCACGUUUCUCACAGCUUUACGUUCUGUUGUCGACCCACAUUUUUAAAUUUCAUUUUCAUCACUUCACCAAUAUCUGAUUCUAAAGAUCAGUGUUAAUUUUUGAUUAAUAUUCAUUUGCGUUUAGGAGUCGCCCUGCUGUCAUGAAGCCUCGUGUCAGGCGGUGCACUUUCAUCCUGUACUUUGGGCUCGAGAAAUAAAAUGGGGAAACGUUGUCGA